AUGCUGAGCAGUGCGCAGUUGGAGGGGCUGGUGGCACUGCGGCGGGAGCUCCAUCGCCACCCAGAGGUGGGGUUCCAGGAGCACGAGACGCGCGAGCGCAUGCGUGCCGCUCUGCUUCGCACCGGCCUCGAGCCCGAAGCCAUCAAGGAGUGUGCGCGCACGGGGCUCGUGGUGGACAUUCUUGGCACGGGCGAGGGCGAAGCACGGGGCGUGGCCAUGGUGGCCCUGCGGACUGACCUCGACGCGCUGCCGAUGACCGAAAACAACCACCACCUCCCUCACCGCUCCGUCAACGAGGGCGUGGCGCACAUGUGCGGUCACGAUGGCCACAUGGCGUGCCUCAUCGGCGCAGCCACCCUCCUCGUCCAGGCGCGCGACAAGAUCCCCAAGACGCAGACGGUGCGGCUGCUCUUCCAGCCCGCCGAGGAGUCGCCCGGCGGCGCACCCCUCAUGAUCGAAGAAGGCUGCCUUGAUGGAGUGGACGAGGUGUACGGCAUGCACAACUGGCCCACCGUCGAACUCGGCACGCUUCUGACGAAGGCGGGGCCGGUGAUGGCCCACACCUCGCGAUUCGAGGUGGUCAUCAAGGGCAAGGGCGGCCACGGCUCUCAGCCCCACACGGUGAUCUCGCGCAACGUGUCCUACGCCGACCCGGCGGUGCUCUCGGUGUGCUUCCUGCACGGCGGGGAGGCCUUCAACGUCAUCCCCGACACCUGCCGCUUCGGCGGCACCAUCCGCGACCUCUCCCCGGCCGUGUUCGACACCAUCAAGCAGCGCCUCACCACUAUCGUGGAGCAGACGUGUGCGGCGUACGGGUGCGAGUGCGAGGUGGACGUGCAGUCGCGCUAUCCGGUGCUGGUCAACAGCGAGGCCGAGAACGACCACGUCGUGCGCCUCGCCAAGCGCUUCUUUGGCCCCGACAAAGUGGGCGAUCGCCUCUUGCCCAUGCUCGCUGCCGAGGACUUUGCGUACUACUUGGAGAAGAAGCCCGGUUGUUUCUUCUUCCUGGGCACGCAGGAGGAGGGUCGCACCAACGCCCUCAACCACUCGUCGGACUUUGAGUUCAACGACAGCGUCAUCCCCAGCGCCGUCGCCUUUUGGGUCCGCCUCGUCGAGGACCGCCUCAACGUCUCCCUCUUCCCUUGA